UUCCUUGUUUGUGUUUGCUAUAAGCGUCUACACCAAAACAAGAUGGAGGUCACCAAAACGAACUUUAAGGAAUGUCUCAGUCAAAUCGAGGAAGCUAUCAAAGAAGCAGACUUCCUUGCGAUUGAUGGGGAAUUUACAGGACUUCAUGCCAAGGAUGCUGAGUCAAUCGGAUCAUUUGAUACCCCCGAAGAGAGAUACCACAAGUUGAGGAAGGGUGCAGCACAUUUUUUACUUGUACAGUUUGGCCUAGCAGCUUUUAAAUAUGAUCCAGAGAAAAAAAGUUACACAUCCCGACCAUUCAACAUGUACAUAUUCCCACGUCCAUUCAGUCGCCAGGCUCCAGAUCUACGAUUUCUCUGUCAGGCUUCAAGUAUUGACUUCCUCGUGUCACAGAAUUUUGAUUUCAACAAAGUGUUUAGAGACGGAAUCCCAUACUUGACCCCACCACAAGAAGAACGCCUGAAGGAGUCGAUCAAGAAGAGGAAUGCUGAACAUGCCCAGUUGUCAUCUCCAGCUUUCACGAGUCCCCACGGGGCCAGUGCUGGGCCCUACAAGGGGCCAGUAGAGGUCCCAGAUGAUCAGAAAGACUUCAUUGACAAUAUCUGUGAACAAAUCAAGGACUACAUCGCCAAGGCAACCAAGGAGCCCUUACAGCUGCCCCAGUGUUCCGCUUUCCAGAGGAAACUCAUCUACCAGACAGCCAGGCUCAAGUACUCCAACAUCCACCUGGAGACAAAGAUCGGGGAGAAGAAGGAGCGCUACAUCGUGGUGUCGGCUGUGCAGAGUGAGGAGGACCUGAAGGCCAGAGAGAAGGCCAAGAUGGAUGCUGAGAUGGCCGAGGUGGACGAAGCUGUUGGUUUCUGUAAAGUCACACAGAUGCUGUCACAGUCUGGCAAGCUGGUCGUGGGGCACAACAUGCUGUUGGAUCUCAUCCAUGUCAUCAACCAGUUCAACUUCCCCCUGCCUGAGGAAUAUGAAGAUUUCAAGGCAAUGGUGAAGUGUUGCCUUCCCCGAUUGCUGGAUACAAAACUGAUGGCUAGCACUGCUCCAUUCAAGGACCUCAUCAUCAACACAACAUUAGGAGAUUUACGCAGGACUGUUGAAGCUAAACCUUUUGUAAAGCCCCAGGUUGAUCUCCCUGAGGAGUAUUCCAGCUAUGGUACAUCGACAGAGUUUCUGCAUGAGGCAGGCUACGAUGCAUACAUCACAGGGGUUGCAUUCAUAGGCAUGGCCAACUUUCUUGGUACAUAUCAGCAGCCUCCAAAAGACUGGAUCUCUCCAGAGUCUCCUCUCAUCGAGCCUUUUGUCAACAAAUUGUUCAUGAUGAGGGUCUAUGACAUCCCCUAUCUCAAUCUGACUGGACCCGAUGUGAUCCCGCCUAGGGAGCAUGUGUUCCAUGUCACCUUCCCUAAGGAGUGGAAGUCACAUGAUAUCGUCCACCUCUUUGCUCCAUAUGGUGGUGUGUCCCUGUCGUGGAUCAACGAAACAUCAGCCUUGGCCGCCCUGUUCAGGAAAGAAAAUGCUCCUGCAGCUAUCAAAGGUCUGGUCAAGGGAGAUGACUCUGUGAAGGUAAUCACAUACGAGGACUUUAAGAAACAAGCAGCACCAUCACAAUCUUCUCUGUUGCCACGGAAACGCAAACAUACUUCCGAUGAUGCAGAAAAUUCAAAGAAACCAAGGAUAUCUCCAGUUGCAGAGUCGACGACAGGACCGGAGGAGUGUGAAGUGAGGGAGGAGGAUGCUGGGAAGGAGAAGAUGGAGACCAACCUUGGAUGCGAGUCACCAGAUUCCUGCUCCGACAAGAAGGCCAAGAAGAUGUUUGACGAGCCUGAGGUGUGGUAGACAGGGACUCUGCCACAGUUGUCAGCUGGAGACGUUCUCAUACAAUGGGCAGCUCACUUCAACAGACACAGACAUUUGAGGACUGAGUUCAGAGACCAUUCCACAGUGCUAACAGUGUGGCUCCUUUGUGCACGAUGGACACACUACAAGACUCUACUGUAUAGUGCUUAAUGUUCAAAUAGAGUAAACACAGGUUUCUGAAUACAAAAAUAAACGUUUAGUAUUAUAUGGACUUUUUGUGUCAGUGUAAUUGGAAAGGUUUCACAGGAAUUAAAAGAAGAAAAGUGAAGGUUGUUGUAGGUGAGGGAUUGUCACUGGAUUAUGACAGGGAGCAUGGACACCAAAAGCCCUACAAAGGCAAUACUGUUAUCACCAGGAAUCUCAGUACUGUAACUAAUGCUGAUGGGAAUAAUGGCAUGUUUUUUACCCCAAUUUUAUUCCUGUAUUUAUGAUAAAGAUGUUUAUCCAGCGUGUCUACAAUUUUGCCAGUUUUACAAACGUUAGGUAUCUGUCUUGUUUUUUAACCGCAAAAGCAAAAGCAAGGAAGCUCAGCACCAGAUUUAGUAUUUCAUAAUUAAUUCACAUAUUGGUAUAUAUUUUCAUGGAUGUGUAAUAUGAACUACUUUCCUAAAGGUGUUUUUUUUAUAAUGCUUUGUCUGUAGAACAUGACCAUUGUACUGACUCUGUCAUGUGAGUAGCAUUGACCUCAUGAAUCAUAUUUGUGCAUCAUCCGGUGAUCUUUCAUGACCACUUUAUCGGACCAUUUCGAAUUAAAUCAAUAGAUUUGUC